AUGUCUGCUCCUGCUGCUUUCUCUGACAUCGCCAAGGCGGCCAACGAUCUCCUGAACAAGGACUUCUACCACAACAGCGCCGCCAACCUCGAGGUUAAGUCCAAGGCUCCCAAUGGCGUCACCUUCAACGUGAAGGGCAAGUCCGCCCACGAGGGUCCCAUUGCUGGCUCCCUCGAGGCCAAGUACGUCGACAAGCCCACUGGUAAAGGCCCCAGAAAACGCAAAAAACCAUGCGAAUCUCCCUUGCGCACACCACCCGUCCCUCCCCCAAGAGUGCUGGAGAACAGGUCCACGUUCAUGUUUUCGUGUGGCCGUGUUUCAUCCCAGUGCUUAUCAUACCUCUUCAUGUCCAGGAUAUUGGAACACGCAGUAAUGCUAAUUAUACGUCCCCGCCCAGGCCUUACCCUCACCCAGGCUUGGACCACCGCCAACGCCCUCGACACCAAGCUUGAGCUUGACAACAACAUCGCCAAGGGUCUCAAGGCCGAGAUCCUCACCCAGUACCUCCCUGCUAAGCAGUCCAAGGGCGCUAAGCUCAACUUGUACUUCAAGCAGCCCAACCUGCACGCCCGUGCCUUCUUCGACCUCCUCAACGGUCCCUCCGCCAACUUCGACGCUGUCCUCGGCCACGAGGGUUUCCUCGUCGGUGCUGAGGGUGGCUACGACGUCCAGAAGGCCGCCAUCACCAAGUACUCCGCUGCCGUUGGUUACAGCGUUCCCCAGUACUCUGCUGCCAUCACCGCUGGCAACAACCUGACCGUCUUCUCGGCCAGCUACUACCACCGCGUCAACGCUCAGGUUGAGGCUGGUGCCAAGGCCACCUGGGACUCCAAGGCCGGCAACUCCGUUGGCCUUGAGGUUGCCAGCAAGUACAGACUCGACCCCUCCUCCUUCGCUAAGGUAUGUGACAACCGCCUCAGAUACAGAAGCUCGAUCAUCAACGACCGCGGUAUUGCCGCUCUGGCCUACAACGUUCUCCUCCGCCCUGGUGUUACCCUCGGCCUUGGUGCUUCUUUCGAUACCCAGAACCUGAACCAGGCUGCCCACAAGGUCGGCGCCAGCUUCACCUUCGAGGCUUAG